GUGAACGUUAACAUGAUAUGAAGCUGUAUGUUACAGGUUAAUCGGUAGAGAAGCAGGCAUCCUUGCGUAAGCAAUGCCCCUUUCUUAACUGGAAGAAUGGCUGGUAACGGGGGUGGAGGCACAUGGGAUAUCCAGCGGCAGCACUACAAUAGUCAUGUGACGAAUUUAUCCACGCGCGAGGCCCUGCAACAGCGAAGCGAAGGUCCAGCACAGGAGCUCAAGCACUUCCACAACCAUGUCAAGCGUCAACUAAUUUGGCGCUUCGCGCACAAACAGGAUCGCCUGUUAGACCUCUGUUGCGGUCGGGGUGGUGACCUGCAGAAAUGGAAGGACACCCAGAUCAAGUACGUCAAGGGGCUGGACAUCUCGGAGCGCGAGGUGGAGGAGGCGCGCAGGCGCUUUGCGGAGCUAGUGGAGCGGCGGAGAGGCGGCAACCUGCGCUGCGAGUUUGAGGCGGUGGACUGGCUGGGUGAGCGGCCGUACGAGGACCCCGGUGCGGGCCCUGCGUCGUACGGGGUCGUCACGUGCAUGUUUGCGCUGCACUACUUCUUCGUGUCGGAGAGCAGCCUGAGGAUGUUCCUGCACAACGUGGCCAGCAACCUGAGGACGGGCGGCUACUUCCUGGGCACCCUCCCCAGCGGCCACCGCGUGCAGGAGCUGCUGGCGGGGCGGGGGGAGCUGCACACGCCCAUGCUGCGGCUGGUGCGCAGGUGGAAGGACCCCGGCCGUCCCGCGCCCUUCGGCUCCGCAUACACCUGCGACAUCGCCGACACCGUCACCUCCUCGCUGGAGGGCGCCACGGAGGGCUCGCUGGAGUUCCUGGUGGACCUGCCCACCCUGGAGCGCUGCGCCGCGGAGGCGGGGCUGCAGGCGGUGCGGGACUACCUGGACCCCGUGCUCAUGAGCUGCUUCGAGCAGGAGGACAUCGACGCGCCCUUCAAGCGCUUCAAGCCCUUCUUCGCCAGCUCGCUGCAGCUGGACGCCACCCCGCAGCGCCCGCACCCGCUGCCGCCCAGCAGCCUGGAGCAGGCAAGCUCCCUCUUCGUGGCCUUUGUCUUCCAGAAGGUCCCCUCCCCCGAGCUCGUCACCGUGCCCAUGGCCCCCGAGUGCACCUACCUGCAGCCGCCAGCACGCAGACGGGAGGCGGGCGGGCCGCAGGG